AUGAAUCAAGAAGUGACCAUUGUCAAAUCACCUAGCUAUCACGAGGAUGGCAGUGAUGGUGACCGAGAGGAUGAGUACGAUAACAAUGAAGUCACUCUCGAACAACAACUUCAACAUAUACAACAACCGAAUAUCAGUCCAAUCCAAUUCGAUUAUUUAUCACCUAUUGAAGUAUCUCCAACAAUAGUCACCAUCAAUCAUGUUGACAAUGAUGACGAUGAUGAUGACCAUGACAAGGAGGUGGAGCAUCGACCGAAUGGACCGGAGGACAGUCCAAGAAGUGAUUUGGAUUUCGAAGAUGACAAGAAGAUUCACAAGGAUGAGUAUUAUGGAUUCCCCGUGUCUCCAAAGGGUACUCAGAGGAUGAGAGCACAGAGUAAUAUUGGCAAUCAUAGGAAUAGGCUGGAUGUACCUCAGCAACAACAACAGCAGGAUCCAUUAGUGGUGGAGAUACCUUUGUCACAACUAAAGGAUAAUGAUACAUUGGUUGUACCUCAACCCAUUGGCACGCCAUCAAUAGUAUAUGCUACAACACCAACUAUUAUCAGUCGACCUGAUGGAUCAUUACAGGCAAUCAGCUACUCACCACAGGAUGAUCGACCUGUUAUAUACACCAAUCAAGAGAGUGCACCUACAGUGUUCAUCAUGUCCCCGGCAGAGAUCACGCGUAUUGAACCUGGAGGACCGUCCAUGAGGAGCUCGGUCAAUAUGUUGGGACUGCCUGUGGGCACUGAGCGUCGCAUGUCCACGCCAUACAUCCCUCCAGCAGACCUGGAGCUGAGUACAGGCUUGCCAGAACCAUUAUCCAAGUCCAAGAAGCUGAAAAAGAAGUCGGACAAGCUGGAAAAGGAGUUGGAGGAGGCCAUACAGCACGAGGAGAAGAAGACAGACAACAACGACGAGAAGAUAUUGAAGAAGAAGCGAAUCAAGCGUAGAAAGAAGAGAAAGUUGCAUUUGGAGCACAAGAAGAACGCACUUGGCGAGACCAUAUUCAAGGGUCAUGCAUCAUGGCUCCUGAUGCGAACCAUCCAAACAGGUAUACUCAACUGCAUCACAAGCACAUCGCUCAACAACAUCAACGAGAAGUCCGAUCAGUUCUUUGCAUCCAUUCACCAUGUACUGCCAGUUGUAGAGGGACAACCAGGUACUUUCGAUUUCAAAGACUAUUGUCCACAUGCAUUCUCAAGGCUGCGUAACCUAUUCAACAUUGAUGCGCAGACCUAUCAACAUGCGAUAUGUAAGCCAUGGAACGAAGUAUCGACACCUGGCAAGAGCGGUAGUAUCUUCUUCUUUACAUAUGAUAGCCAAUAUGUGCUAAAGACGAUACCAAAGAGAGAAGCCAAACUAUUGAGAUCAUUGUUGCCAGAGUAUUAUGAACAUAUGAAGCGCAAUCCAAACAGUUUGUUGAUCAGGUUCUUUGGACUGCAUAGGGUCAAGCCUGCCAAUGGAAGACACGUGCGCUUCGUCGUCAUGAAGAACCUGUUCUAUACCCCCAAGGUCAUCACUCAGCGAUUCGAUCUCAAAGGCUCGACAACAGGUCGCGAGCUCACACCUGAGGAGCUCAAGAAGAAGCAUCCAACUUACAAGGACCUGGACUUUAGGCGCAUGGGCAUGAAGAUCCAUCUUGGACCCGACAGGAAGAAGCUGUUCAUGCAACAGCUAGGUGAGGAUUGCAAGUUCCUCGUCAAGUUGAACAUUAUGGACUACAGUCUUUUGAUUGGAGUUGGUCGCAAGAGGGACCCUGCACCCGCCGCUGAGAGCGUAGAGAAGCCAGUUGGUACAACAGCCAACACCGGGCAUUCCGGUGGCGAAGAGGAUGAAGAUGGAUCAUCAAGUGGCGAAGAGUAUACCAGCAGCUACAGCUCAUCAGAGGAUGAGGGGAAGGAUACACUACGAGCGUCCAGGAAGAUCAGGUCAAUCGCGCAGACCAAGAAGUACCUCCAGGAGCAGGAGAAGAUGCAACAGCAACAGCAACAACAUCACCAUCAUCACCAUCACACCAACAGCCAGGGCCAUCUUGGCGAUUCACUCAACGGUACAAUCCGUCGCACCGACUCUGACUAUUUGAAGCCUGUCGACGAGCCCCUCCCUCCCGUUCUUCAGAACGUUCAAAGUCCCAUACCAUUGAUGGUUCCAAAGAUAUCAAUAUUCGAACACGACAAAGGAGGUAUGCAGGGCAUUAAUGAACAUGGUGACCCGAUGGACGAGUAUUACUUCAUGGGCGUUAUCGAUAUACUGAUGUUGUACAGUUUGAGGAAGCAGGUGGAGCAUGCAUACAAGUCGAUAUUCAAUAGAGGAGAGAUAUCGGCUGUUGAUCCUGUAGAGUAUGCUGCACGCUUCAUCAACUUUAUCAGGGAGACGAUAAUUUAA